CCGAUCGGGGAAUAGCCGUCGCAUCAAAUAACUACUGCUGACAGCGAUCAGGACGAAUGUCAUAGGAUGAACACUGCUGGUGGGGUGUGUCUGUCUGUGCUGUCCUCUCUCCUGGCUGUGGCUGGGGCCCUGGCUGCCGUGUCUGCCCUCGCUCUAGCUCCUCUCUCUGCCCUGGCUGAGGUUGCCUAUGGGGCUGCCGAUAGCAUCCCCAGCACCGGGGCAGAGGGGGCCCCCUCGCCCGUCUCCUCACCAUGUUCCAGCCUUGUAGCCGGGGUGCUCUAUGGCUCUUUCUCCCUAAGGGAGCUCUUUCCCUCCAGGGCGCCGGGUUGUUCCUGGUCCCUGGAAAACCCCGAUCCCACCAAGUACUCCCUCUACCUCCGCUUCACCCGCCACCCCGUCAUCUGCCGGACACACUCACCCAUGCUCCUGUCCCUUGACCACCACCUGGCCAAUCAAAGCUGUCCCCUUCAUUUACAGACGGCCACUGCCAGAGAUCAGGAAGUCAUUGAUCUCUGUGGCAGCCAACCUAACUCAGAUGGACCUUACUCCUUCCUACAGUUUGAUAAGAAUUUUGUCCAACUGUGUCUAACAAGACAUCCAGCUGCAGACGAGCCUCAGGUAACUAAGGAGUUGCUGGAGCUGAGACUGGUCGAGGUGUUGCUCAUUAACAAUGAGAACUCCAGUCAGUUCACCUGUGGUGUGCUCUGCCGAUGGUUCGAGGAGUGUUUGCGUACGGAUCAAAAUGGAGACCAGGAAGUUUCCGAUGGAGAUGGUUGCGGGAUGACGCAGACAGGCUGUAUUUGUCCGAAUCACAACAUCAUGGCGCCACCUAUUCCGCUGCUCCCGGAGACGCCGCACACUUUCAGCAAUGGAUCGCAGGUUCCCGAUGACUGCUGCGUCACUGAACUGCAUUCCAAUGAUGCAAUCGCCAUAGCACCCCGAGAUGUCCGACAAGACCCGUACGACGACGAUCUCAAGGUGAAGACCCAAAGACCACGAUCAGCUGACCAGCCAGGUGUGUUUCAGGCACAAACAGGUGACCCUGCAGCAGAGGAGUGGUCACAGUGGAGUGUGUGUUCUCUCACGUGUGGGCAGGGCUGGCAAGUGAGGACCAGGUCAUGCGUUUCUUCUCCCUACGGGACGCUGUGCAGCGGCGCCCUGCGGGAAACGCGCAUGUGCAACAACACCGCCUCCUGUCCAGGUGAACCCGGAAUCACAGGCUCAGUGCAUGGGCUGUGGGAGGAGUGGUCGACAUGGAGUCUGUGUUCUGUGACCUGUGGGCGGGGCUCCAGGACUCGAACCAGGAAAUGUGUGGACGGAGGCGGGGUCGUGGCUUGUGGACGGCCCGAGGUUCAGACCAAACUCUGCAACAUAGCAGUGUGUCCUGUGGAGGGCCAGUGGUUGGAGUGGGGGCCGUGGUCGAGGUGCAGCGUGACUUGUAACACGGGAAGCCAGCAGAGGCAGAGGCGCUGCAGUGCGUCGGUGCACGGCUGGGCUGAAUGUAAAGGCGCGCAUCAGGAGAGCAGAGAAUGCACCAACCCUUCAUGCAGCGGUGGAGGUAACUGGGGCAGCUGGAACCACUGGAGUCUCUGCAGCAAGACGUGUGACUCCGGAUGGCAGCGACGGUUCAGGAUGUGCGAGGGCACCGGGGCCCAGGGCUACCCCUGCGACGGCUCUGGAGAGGAGGUCCGGACCUGUAAUGAGAAGAAGUGUCCCGCACCUCAUGAGAUAUGCAAAGACGAGCACCUCCUCACCAUGUCGUGGAAGAGAGCCUCGGCUGGAGAAACUGUCUACAACAAGUGUCCAACUAAUGCCACUGGAUCUGCUAGUCGUCGUUGUAUGCUGGACAAUAAUGGAGUUGCUUUCUGGGGUCCUCCGAGCUUCGCCAGAUGCAUCUCACUUGAAUAUAGAUAUUUACAUUUAUCUUUACGAGAGCAUCUCGCGAAGGGUCAGAGGACCCUGGCUGGGGAGGGCAUGUCUCAGAUCGUACGGAGUCUCCUGGAGCUCUUGCAGAGGAGGAGCUACUACAGUGGCGACCUUCUCUUUUCCACGGAGAUCCUGCGAAAUGUGACGGACACCUUCAAAAGAGCAACCUACAUCCCAGCUCCCGACGACGUGCAGAAAUUCUUCCAGAUAGUCAGCCUCAUGUUGGACAUCGAAAAUUUAGAGAAAUGGGAGGACGCUCACCAGGUCGCUCCCGGUGCUGCUUUGCUGAUGAGGAUAUUAGAAGACUUCAUUCACCUCAUCGGAGAAGCCCAGAAGCCUUUUCAGAGUUUUCUCGUGGUUACCAACAACCUCAUGAUAACCAUCCAACGAGAGCCAGUGUCGGCGGUUUCCAGCGAUAUCAACUUCCCCAUGAAGGGCCGGAGAGGGAUGAAGGACUGGGCCAGAACAGCAGAGGAUAAGCUUUUCAUCCCUAAAGAGGUCUUCACCAUCCCAACCGAGGAGACAGAAAUGGACUCGGAAUCUACAAUGUACUAUGUCAUCGGAGCCGUCUUGUAUAGGACACUGGGUGUCAUCUUACCCGCACCAAAUCCCCCUGCCAUCAUCAACUCCAAGAUCCUGACAGUGACGGUACGACCAGAACCGCAACCCAGCGAGCCCAUGGUGGUGGUGGAGCUGUCCCUGCUUUUAAAUGGUACAUCGGAUCCUCAGUGCGUUGUCUGGGACUAUGGCAACCCGGAAGCUGGCGCAGAAAACUGGGGCACAGAAGGCUGCCAAACGCUCGCGUCAACCACUGUCCACACCAAAUGCCUGUGCAGCAGAAUAUCCACCUACGCCGUGUUAGCGCAGCAAGCUAAAGACCCGGACAUGGGUCCUACCAGCAUGCCCUCUGUGCCCCUCAUGGUGGGUUGUGGGGUCUCCUGCACCGCUCUGCUCAUCCUGCUGCUAAUCUACGCUGCCUUCUGGAGGUAUAUCCGAUCGGAGAGAUCAAUCAUCUUGGUGAAUUUUUGCCUCUCCAUCCUGGCCUCCAAUUUAUUGAUUUUGGUUGGACAAUCGCAAACGCUUAGCAAGGGCCUCUGUACUGUGACUGCUGCCUUCCUGCAUUUCUUCUUCUUGGCGUCCUUCUGCUGGGUGCUGACCGAGGCGUGGCAGUCCUACCUGGCCGUCAUCGGCAAAAUGAGGUCGCGACUCAUUCGCAAGCGUUUUCUGUGCCUCGGCUGGGGUCUUCCAGCCCUCGUUGUAGCAGUGUCGGUGGGUUUCACCAGAGCAAGAGGUUACGGCACAGCAAGCUACUGCUGGUUGUCCUUGGAGGGCGGUCUGCUCUAUGCCUUCGUCGGGCCCGCUGCUGUCAUUGUGCUGGUGAGUUUUGUCCCAGCGGAGGCGCGUAGCCGACUGCUCCUGAAAUGCUCCAAGUGUGGCGUGAUCUCGAGCACCGCUCUGUCCAGCUCGACUGCCAGCAGCGCCAUGGCGUCUCUGUGGAGCUCCUGUGUGGUUCUUCCUCUGUUAGCAUUAACCUGGAUGUCAGCAGUGCUGGCCAUAACUGACCGGCGCUCCACACUCUUCCAGGUCCUCUUUGCCGUCUUUGAUUCUGUCCAAGGUUUCGUCAUCAUCACUGUCCACUGCGCCAUGCGCCGAGAGGUGCAGGAUGCGGUGCGCUGUCGAAUGGGGGGAUGUAAAGACGACAGCGAAAACUCACCAGACUCCUGCAAGAAUGGACAGGUGCAGAUCAUGAAGUGCGCAAAUGUGAGCGCCUGUGGACAGCAGCGCGGCUCCCUGCGCUACGGCACCACCCUGUGCCUGUCGGGUUGCCACCCGCCGACGCCCCACCAGGCAUGCCAGCCAGUCUGUCACCACAGUCUACCCCGCAACAACUACGGGCUAGACCACAGCCACGCUCACGGCCACGCGCAUGAGCACAGCCCCCUCCUCAACAAUACCCACAACCACAACCACGCCCAUAAUCACAUCAGCAGCCAACCAACGGAUUUUGAGAAGGAUGUGGACUUGGCUUGUCAAACAGAGAGAGGACACCCAUUCAUUUUCAAAGAGGUGAACACCUGUAACCCAGCCACCAUCACUGGGACCCUUUCACGCAUCUCCUUGGAUGAUGAGGACGAUCCUAAGCUGGCAGCCCAUCAGGAGGGCGGAGUGGGUGUCAACUUCAGCUCCCUCCCCGGGAACAUCCCUCCUCCCAACCUUAUUGUACAGGUUCCACCCCUAGGAGGCCUCAAUGAGCUGAGCGAGACUCCGCUAAAGAAGGAGGUGAAUGUGGACCAGCAGAGACAGCAGGGGCAGCAACGCAGCGGCGCUCCGAUCUACCUGUGCACCGAGAGUGGCCUGGGCUGGGCUCGACUGCCGGCUUCCUCCAACACCUCCCAGGACGGAAGCGCCGGAAGCGGAGGAAGCGGAGGAGGAGGAGGAGGAAGUGGUGGAGGCGGGGAGGGAGACUACAUGGUCUUACCUCGUAGGACGGUCAGUCUCAAACCUCCAGCGCCCUCCUCCCAAGGAGGAGGCCUGGGACUGGGGGGCGAGGACAAGCCUCUCAACAUCGCAGUGGAGGAUCCUCCCUUCCCCCCGCCUCCCUCUCCCCUGACCCUCCACCCAGCUGAGAGCGAGGCCUACCCGGCGGAUUUUGUGCCAUCCAGUGUGGGUGACAUGAACAUCACCAUGAACCUCAACCGCUCCUAUGGGACGAUCAAAACCAUGCCCCAUGGGCACGGCCACCUGAUGGCUCAGGGUGGUCUUGUGCACUCCCACGGAGGACACAUGCAUUCCCAUGGGCAUUCGCUCCAGCUGAAGCCGGGCCAGAGGCCAUCAGUCAGACAGAUUCUGACGGGGGGAACUACAGUGGAGAGAACCAGGACCCUGCCACGCAACCUGGGCAGCACCAAUGCCAACACCAGCCUCUCAGCAGGAUCUCUGGAGAGGAAAAGAGUACGGUACUCUGAGCUGGACUUCGAGAAAGUGAUGCACACUCGCAAAAGACAUUCUGAGCUGUACCAUGAGCUCAACCACUCGUCCAAGUUCCACACCAUAGACAGGUAUAGCAGGGACCCAGCCAUGUCCACAUUCAAGAGGGAAAAGCGAUGGAGCAUUUCGUCUGCCGGAGGUGAAAAGAACUCGUCGAGUGACAAGUCAACCCCGGAGGACCAGAGCUCCUGGGACAGCUUCAAGACCAUGACCCCCGAGCUGUCCAUUGUGCCUGGGGAGCAGAAGGACCGGAUGGAGCUGCACAAUAAGAACUGGGACUCCUCCUCAGCCAACACACCCGACUCGUCCGAGGGAGAUUUCCAGACUGAAGUGUGA